AUGGAAGGUUAUAUGGAUGACAAUUGUCAAGUUCCUCCUGAAAGCGAUGGGACAAAAGUCAAACUGAAAAAGCUAAGUGAAGAUAGUUUAACUAAGCAGCCUGAAGAAGUCUUUGAUGUUCUGGAGAAACUUGGUGAAGGGUCUUAUGGUAGUGUGUUUAAAGCAAUACACAAAGAGUCUGGACAAGUUGUAGCAAUUAAACAAGUCCCCGUGGAGUCGGAUCUUCAAGAAAUAAUUAAAGAAAUCUCUAUAAUGCAACAGUGUGACAGCCCCUAUGUUGUCAAGUACUAUGGCAGCUAUUUUAAGAACACAGAUCUAUGGAUUGUUAUGGAAUAUUGUGGAGCUGGCUCUGUUUCGGACAUAAUUAGACUUCGUAAUAAAACGCUAACAGAAGAUGAAAUUGCAACUAUUCUGAAAUCUACUCUUAAAGGACUUGAAUACCUGCACUUCAUGAGAAAAAUACAUAGAGAUAUAAAGGCUGGAAACAUCCUUCUUAACACUGAGGGACAUGCAAAAUUAGCUGAUUUUGGUGUGGCUGGCCAGUUAACAGAUACAAUGGCAAAACGUAAUACUGUUAUAGGAACUCCGUUCUGGAUGGCUCCUGAAGUAAUCCAAGAGAUUGGCUAUAACUGCGUGGCAGACAUCUGGUCCCUUGGAAUCACUUCGAUAGAAAUGGCUGAAGGAAAGCCUCCGUAUGCUGAUAUUCAUCCAAUGAGGGUAAGCGUGUGUGGUGGUGGUUUCUU